AUGCUCACAUCCUUUUCUUCUGCUCACUGACUGACUGCUGUUCAACACUCGAGGCUAAAAAUGAGCAGAAACUAUCUGUCCAGAAAUAGUGAGCUCCGUAGGGGAGACAGUCUUGUGUCCAACAAUGGACAGUGGAAGGCCGUCUUCCAGGAUGAUGGAAACUUUGUCAUCUAUGGCUGGAAGCCCGUGUGGUCCGCAGACACUAACACUACAGACGCCGUCCGCCUGUGCAUGCAGGACGACUGCAACCUGGUCAUGUACAACCAAGAAGAUCGCCCUCGAUGGCAGACCAACACUCACAAGGAUCGCUGUACCACGUGCAAUCUACAACUGACCGAUGACGGCAAACUGCUUAUCUUCAAUCAUGGCCAACAAGUCUGGAGCUCUGACUCUUCCAAAGGCAUGAAGUGAAAAAUAUGAUGAUACAAAGUUUUCAGUGGGUUUUAUGCUUUAUAAAGCAUUUUUGGCAGUAAUCUCUUGGUUUAGACCCAAAUCUAAAUUUGUUUUGAAACUAUUAUACAAGUUGUAAAAUUGAAAACAGAAAUAAACCUUAAAACAUG